ACGCGCCGCGCCUACGUGGGGCUGAUUGCUGCAGCGCCUGUCAGUCUGAUGAAGAUUGGCAUCAAGGGCUCUUGAUGUGUUUCUCAUGAUGUGAAAGGUUGCAGCUCGCCACAGAACCAUGAUGGCAACACAGGCAAUUACCCUCGAUUCCUACCCGGAGGAGCAACAGAUGCCAGUUGUACCUCACAUGUCCCACAGCAUUGAGCCUGGUCCUAGCUGCAUCAAACCUGAUGCCAGUGCUGUGAGCCCAGUCCCUGCCGAGUCCCAGACAUCAAUGGAAGCUGAUAAAGGUGCAAUUUACAGACACCCGCUCUUCCCACUGCUGGCAUUGCUCUUUGAGAAGUGUGAGCAGUCCACCCAAGGCUCCGAGUGCAUCACCUCCGCCAGCUUCGAUGUGGACAUUGAAAACUUUGUGCGUAAACAGGAGAAAGAAGGAAAGCCGUUUUUCAGUGAGGAUCCGGAGAUUGAUAACCUGAUGGUGAAAGCGAUCCAGGUACUUCGCAUUCAUCUGCUGGAGCUGGAGAAGGUGAAUGACCUGUGUAAAGAUUUCUGCAGCCGCUACAUUGCCUGUCUGAAAACUAAAAUGAACAGUGAAAACCUUCUGAGCAGUGACCCAGGAGGGCCUUACGCAACUGUGCAAACGCAGCUUCCGAUGCAGAGCACAACAAUCACAGCACUGCCAGGCACCGUGAGCCCCCAGGGGAUCGUGCUGCCAGCCUCAGCGUUACAGCAAGGCAACGUCACCGUCACCACAGUAAACCCUGCGCAGGUCGUAACUGCAGGUGGAGCGGUUUACCAGCCGGUGACCGUAGUAACUCCCCAAGGCCAGGUUGUGACACAGACACAUGGUACGAUACGCAUCCAAAAUGCACAGCUCCAGCUGCAGCUAAACCAAGAUCUGAAUGUCUUGCAUCAAGACGGGGAGAACUCUCCGAAAAACAAGCGUGGAGUCUUGCCAAAGCAAGCUACCAACAUCAUGAGGUCCUGGCUCUUCCAGCACAUUGCGCACCCGUAUCCCACGGAGGAUGAGAAGAGGCAAAUCGCAGGUCAAACCAAUCUCACCCUCCUACAGGUCAAUAACUGGUUCAUCAAUGCCCGAAGGCGGAUCUUGCAGCCGAUGCUGGACGCCAGUAAUCCUGACACUGCCCCAAAGGCCAAGAAGAUCAAGACCCAGAACCGACCAGUUCAGAGAUUCUGGCCGGACUCCAUCGCUGCGGGCGUGGCCCAGCAUCACGUCACCAACAUCUCUGUCACAGAUGGUGGAAUGGUUUCCAUGUCGAGUCCUGUCAAUGUAAACGUGGACAGCUUGCAGUCCCUGUCGUCUGAUGGAGCCACCCUCGCCGUCCAGCAGGUCAUGAUGGCGGGUCAGAGCGGAGAGGAUUCGGGGAACAGCGUGGAGGAGGAUGACAGCGACAUCUCUACCACAAACAUGAGCACCCUGGCCUUAGACAACAGCGACUCACUGCAGUAAGAGAACAGGAGGGGUUGUAAACCAGAACUGGCAGAGUUUUUAUUGGGGUUUUUUGUGCACUGAGACAGGUGCAUUUUCCGUGGAAGCUAUUUUAUACAUAGGUAGCAGAGCGAGCGAGCGCACUCCUAUCACCUCGUCCUGAAAAGUGCAGAUCGAAAAGAUUCCCAGUUUGAACUGUGAGUUUUACCGUGAGCACCAGGGGAAGAUGGUUUCACCUCCACAUCGUUGUACAGACAAAUGCCGAAACGUUCUGCUUUUUUCUAAGGAGCUAGGGUUGUGUGUCUCCACUCAGAAAUAACUGGCCAUGAUUUGCCCUCGAUCGCGGAACCUCUUUGUUCACCGGAAGGAAGGAAAUUAUCGGAUGAAAUCCUGCUUUUUUUUUGUUUCAUUUUGUUUUUAUCGAAGAAUUUUAUUGUCAAAAUAUUUUCCACCGAACAUGCAGGUUAAUUUUUAUUAAACAGUGGAACGUA